AUGGCCUCCGUCGUACAUAACCUUCUGGACAAGAUCCAGGGCAACAACAACAACAACAUCGCAGAGCCCUCCACCGAAGAGCUCCAACAGCUCCGACAGAAAUACGAAGCUGCCAAUCAAGGCCAUGUAUUCACAUUCUACGACAGUCUCACAUCCUCCGAAAAGAGCCAAUUCUUCCAACAGCUCUCCACAUUCAACCCCAAUCGUAUAACCGAGCUUGCUGAAAUCGCCCUGCACCCACCCCAGACAUCCUCUGAGCCCGUGAAACUCGAGCCUCUGCCCGCGUCUGCCACGGCGUCGAUCCUCGACUCAGACCCCAAAGAUCUUGAGGCAUACUAUAAUGAGGGACUACGAUUGGUCUCGGAGAACAAAGUGGCGGUGGUCCUGAUGGCUGGUGGACAGGGUACCCGUCUUGGUAGCUCGGCUCCCAAGGGGUGCUUCGAUAUUGGACUUCCGAGCCACAAGCCCUUGUUCCAGAUCCAGGCAGAGCGAAUUGCCAAGGUCCAGGCUCUGGCAGACAAAGCAUACAAUAAGAAGGCUGUCGUGCCGUGGUAUGUCAUGACCAGUGGUCCGACAAAUAAGCCUACCGAGGAGUUUUUCCAGAAGCAUAAUUACUUUGGAUUGGACAAGUCGAAUGUCAAGUUCUUUGAGCAGGGUGUUUUGCCUUGUAUUUCGAAUGAGGGUAAGAUUCUUUUGGAGAGCAAAUCCAAGGUUGCCGUUGCACCUGAUGGCAACGGUGGUAUUUACCAAGCUCUGAUCACUUCUGGCGCGAGAGAAGAUAUGCGCAAGCGGGGCAUUGAGCACGUUCACACAUACUGUGUUGACAACAGUCUUGCCCGUGUUGCAGACCCUGUCUUUAUCGGAUUUGCGGCCUCCAAGGACGUCGAUAUCGCCACCAAGGUGGUCCGCAAACGCAAUGCCACCGAGUCCGUAGGCCUGAUCCUGCAGAAGAACGGGAAACCAGACGUGGUCGAAUACUCAGAGAUCGACAAGGAAACAGCCGAAGCCAAGGACCCCCAAAACCCCGAGGUGCUCAAAUUCCGCGCCGCUAACAUCGUCAACCACUACUAUUCCUUCCGAUUUCUAGAAUCUAUUGAGUCCUGGUCUCACAAACUUCCGCACCACGUUGCGCGCAAAAAGAUCCCAUCCAUCGACCUUCAAAGUGGCGAAACGGUCAAGCCCGAGAAGCCCAAUGGCAUCAAGCUGGAGCAAUUCGUGUUUGACGUGUUUCCGCUGACACCGCUGGACAAGUUUGCGUGCAUUGAAGUGCGCCGUGAAGACGAGUUCUCGCCGCUCAAGAACGCGCGAGGCACCGGCCAAGACGACGCGGAUACCAGCAAGAGGGAUAUCAUGCUUCAAGGGAAGCGCUGGGUGGAGCGAGCAGGCGGUGUGGUUGUUACUGAGGAUGAUGCUGCAGGCAUCGAAGUGUCUCCUUUGAUCAGCUACGGCGGCGAGGGCCUUGGAUUCUUGAAAUCGAAAGAAAUCCGAGCUCCGGCAGUGAUCGAGAAGGAGAUCUAG